GGUUGCCGGGAUGGGGGCCGGAGCCAAUAUGGAGCUCUCAGUGAGAUGAGAGUCGAACUGCCGGUGCCGGCGGCUUCAUCUUUCUCUCCCCAGCAUGUUGGUGCACUUAUUUCGGAUCGGUAUUCGGAACGGCCCUUUCCCAGGCAGACCGCUACUACCCCUCCGUUUCCAGACAUUCUCAACUGGCAGGUGCUCUGAUGGCUGCCAUGGCUCCUCCCUCCUCAGGGCGCUGGCCCGGCUGCGGUUCCAGCUCCGGGCCUACCUCCCUCGAGCCCCGCCAGCACCCAGCCGGAGCCCCCCUGCCUGGUGCUGGGUCGGGGGAGCCCUGCUGGGGCCCAUGUUGCUGAGCAAGCGUCCACGCCUCUGCCUUGUGGCUCUGUGUGAGGCGGAAGAGGCCCCUCCUGCCCGCUGCACGCCCCGUGUUGUGGAGUCCAGCUUUAACUGGAAGCUCUUCUGGCACUUCCUGCGCCCCCACCUGCUGGUCCUGGGGGCAGCCAUUGUGCUGGCACUGGGUGCAGCACUGGUGAAUGUUCAGAUCCCCCUGCUCCUGGGCCAGCUGGUGGAGAUCGUGGCCAAGUACACGAGGGAGCACGUGGGGAGCUUCGUGACGGAGUCCCGGAGUCUCGGCACCCGCUUGCUCGUCCUCUACGGCAUCCAGGGACUGCUGACUUUCGGGUACCUGGUGCUGCUGUCCCACAUUGGUGAGCGUAUGGCUGUGGACAUGAGGAGGGCUCUCUUCAGCUCUCUGCUCCGGCAAGACAUUGCUUUCUUUGAUGCUAAAAAGACAGGGCAGCUGGUGAGCCGAUUGACGACUGACGUGCAGGAGUUCAAGUCAUCCUUCAAGCUUGUCAUCUCCCAGGGGCUGCGCAGCUGCACCCAGGUGGCUGGCUGCCUGGUGUCCCUGUCCAUGCUGUCCCCACGCCUCACACUGCUGCUGAUGGUAGCCACACCUGCCCUGAUGGGAGUGGGCACCCUGAUGGGCUCGGGUCUCCGGAAGUUGUCUCGCCAGUGUCAGGAGCAGAUUGCCAGAGCAACAGGUGUAGCAGAUGAGGCCUUGGGCAAUGUUCGGACUGUGCGGGCCUUCGCCAUGGAGCAGCGGGAAGAGGAACGCUAUGGAGCAGAGCUGGACGCGUGCCGCUGCAAGGCAGAGGAGCUGGGCAGGGGCAUCGCCUUGUUCCAAGGGCUUUCCAACAUCGCGUUCAACUGUAUGGUCCUGGGCACCCUGUUUAUUGGGGGCUCCCUAGUGGCUGGACAGCAGCUGACAGGGGGAGACCUCAUGUCCUUCCUGGUGGCCUCUCAGACGGUGCAGAGGUCCAUGGCCAACAUCUCUAUCCUGUUUGGUCAGGUGGUGCGAGGGCUCAGUGCAGGCACCCGUGUCUUUGAGUACAUGGCCCUGCACCCCUGCAUCCCGCUGUCUGGGGGCUGCAGCAUCCCCAGGGAGCAGCUGCGCGGCUCCGUCACGUUUCAGAAUGUCUGCUUCAGUUACCCCUGCCGUCCCGGCUUCGAAGUGCUCAGAGACUUCACCCUGACGCUGCCCCCCGGCAAGAUCGUGGCCCUCGUGGGCCAGUCUGGGGGAGGAAAGACCACUGUGGCUUCCCUGCUGGAGCGCUUCUACGACCCCACGGCCGGCAUGGUGAUGCUGGACGGGAGGGACCUGCGCACGCUGGAUCCCUCCUGGCUCCGGGGCCAGGUUGUCGGCUUCAUCAGCCAGGAGCCAGUCCUGUUUGGAACAUCCAUCAUGGAGAACAUCCGUUUUGGGAAGCUGGAUGCUUCUGAUGAAGAGGUGUAUGCGGCCGCGCGGGAGGCCAACGCCCAUGAGUUCAUCAGCAGCUUCCCCGAGGGCUACCACACCAUUGUGGGUGAGCGGGGCACAACCCUGUCUGGUGGCCAGAAGCAGCGCCUGGCCAUCGCCCGUGCCCUCAUCAAGCAGCCCACGGUGCUGAUCCUGGACGAGGCCACCAGUGCACUGGACGCAGAGUCCGAGAGGGUGGUGCAGGAGGCGCUGGACCGGGCCAGCGCUGGCCGCACCGUGCUGGUCAUUGCCCACAGGCUCAGCACUGUACGUGCGGCCCACCGCAUCGUCGUCAUGGCCAAGGGCCGUGUCUGGGAGGCUGGGACCCAUGAAGAGCUCCUGAAGAAAGGCGGGCUCUACGCAGAGCUCAUCCGGAGACAGGCCCUGGAUGCCCCGCUGGCGUCGGCCUCACCUCUGGGAGGGAAGCCCAAAGACCCCCGGAGCCACCAGCACAAGUUCUGAGCAUGGCUCUGUAGGUCUGGUUGCUGCCAAGCCUCAGAGCCAGGGCUGGCGCUCAGAUGGGGAGACUUGGAUGGGGACUGAGCCCCAGGACACGAAGGGUGGCUCCCGUGGCUCCCAUGCUGACGAUAGAGCCUGGGCCCAGCUGCAGGACUCAGGGAGGCUGCGAUUGCUCCCGUGCACCCUUGACCUUGCUCUCGGGCUGCCUGCCUCCGGCCAGAGCACCAGAGCCUGCCACCAUCUGUGGACUGCGUGUGGGUCAAUGCGGAAGUCCACAAGAGACCCUGUGUUCCAUUCUCUCCCUUGGUUCACACCCUCCCUAAGCCUGUACUCUGCAGCCUCAAGUUGUCGAGGCCCCCAGCCAGAGGCCUGGGAGCGCAGACCCCCGCUAGGGCCCACCUCCGCAGACUGCAACUGACCCCCCCAACACUCCUGUUUCCGUCCUGCUCCUCUGGACCCUGGGACAAGGAGCCCUCCCCCAGCCCACCCUCCAGACAGCCUCCCUUCCCGCUCCCUGCUCCAUUCCCAUAGUCCUGAUGUCUAAAUUGCGCCUCCUCACCCCUCCUCCAAUGAGAUGCCUGAUGGGGCAGAGAGGCAGAGUGCCUGUGGUCCAUCCCACAAGAAGCACCCAGCCUGCGCAGCCGUCUCCUGCUACCCCUGCCCUGUGCACCUGCCCUGUGCAAGCCUCCCUCUACACUGUGAACACUUGGCUCCGAAGGAGAUGGGAGGGACCAGACGUGCACGCACACACAGCUCUCAGCUGGGGAAGCCACAAAACCAACAAGUCAGAAGCAAUAGGGAGCAGUUAAUGCAAGAUACGAUGUGAAAGUAAUCUGAGAAAGAACAGGGACGCUCAAGAAGGCGGCGGGACCGGCCCCACCAGGCUGCCAAAGUGAAGUGAGCCUAGGGCCCCGAAGCUGUGAAUGACCUCCAGGCAUCUAAGAGACCUGGAAAGGCACAGGAGAAGGGCCCUUAGGCUGGGCCGGCGCCCCAGGGCUGGGGAGCCAUAGGGAUGCACUGGCCCUCCUCACCUACUCCUACCUUAGUGUGUCCACAGUGCUUCCCACCGAACCCUCCCCUGCCGUGUCCACGGAGCUCUGCUCUGUAGGAUGUGGGAGGAGGAGGUGCCAGUGCUACACUGUCCCAGCCAGCUAAGCAUUUUGAACUUACCCUGUGGCCAUCUUUCAGGGGCGGUGGCGGCUGCUGGGAGGCCAGCCUGGAAGAAGUAGCAGUGACUCCCGGCAGCGCAGGGGCCAGGGAGGGACUCAGCUUCUUGUGGGUAUGGCUCACGGCCAGAUGGCUACUUUUGCUACAAGCUGCCCAAAAACUCCAGGGUCACACCCGCCCUGAGGUUGCAUAUCUGGGCAGCGGUGGCCCCGAGGAGCAGAACUUGGGGCUGGCUUUGGCCUGCUUGGCCACUAAACCAUUCCCUAGUGCAGUGCAGAGCGGGACCUCAGCUUCCUGGCAAGUUCCCACCGUCCCACCCCUCUGUCCUCGGGCAGCCAGCCAAGGCCCAAACUGCGCAGGGCGCCUUCUGACACCAGAUUCUUGGUCUCUCCUUACAGCUUCAGGGUAGCUUCUGUGAAUCUGGCCCUCCCCCCUCCCCCGCCCACUAGGGAAGUAGUGAAACCCACGGCCAGUCAAGCUUGUCCCACUAAGCUGCCUGUACGCCCUCCCCGAAACCCUACCUCGACCUUGGCGCCCCAGCUGCUCAGAGAUGAGCAGCCUGGCUGUUGUUGGCCUUGGAAGCCUGUUCUGAACGUUUAAAUGAGAUGAUCUACAGUCGAGUGCUUACAGAUCGCAACGCUACAGCCUCGCCUUGGUGCUGCAAAGGAUAGCAUUCACCCGUCUCUUCGAGCGUUUCUGAGGGGGGCACGUACCGCCUGCCACCGAAAGGGUCCUGCGCUUGUGCAGCUCUCGGUCUGCUCGGGGCCAGGCAGCUGGGGCAGGUGUGGUCCUGUGUGCCUGGUGGGACUGUUUCCUGCCCCUUACAGCCAGCAGCCAGAGCGACCAUGGCAGCAUCCAAUGCUUUUUGGGCAGAGAUGGGAUAGAAAUAAAUUUCGGUAAUAAACUGAUGGAUGACGUGA